CAAAGACUCACCAUUACACAUGCACAGCGCAGUAGAGCUGAUAUCACGACUGUAACUUCAACCAGAAGAUAGUGUUCUGUGCCGGCACUGACCCUGAAACGAGAUCAGCCGGAAUGUCUUUUACAGGUUACUCCAUCUCUGUCUCUGACUGAACGUUUUGGCGGACCGGUUCGUGACGCUUUUAGUCAGCACCACCAUGUAUGUGCUGUGCACCCUGGUGUUUCUGUCUCUACAUAGCCUGUUUAGGAGACCCAGGGACCUGGAAUCCUCUGAACCCAAGGCGAGUGAGGGCCCUGAGCAGCACAGACAGGAUUUAGCCAAACUGAGACGCAAGAAGAGGAACAAGCACCCCUCGCCUGGAAGUUCUGGAGCAUUAGAGACCUCAAGAGUCCUUAGACAGCAUGACUUUGAAAGAUGCCUGGAUGGACCCUGCAGAGCAAGUAAAAGAAGAUCUUUUCACCUGGAUAAUGUGCACGAGAGGAGGAAGAGAGGACAGCCGGUCCAGCGGAGUGGUCUGCUCGGCCCUGCGGUCAUGUACAGCACACGAAAGACCUGGGACGUCAGCCACACACCCUGCCUGCAGGAGCUCUGGAACAAAGACCUGUCAUUGGAUGCGAGUUCCCUGGAUAUCCUGAUGAGUGAUGGUGAGGAGGAGAGCUCCUUCCUCUCGUUACCCAAUUCUGUCCUUCAACGCCACUGUUUGACCUCUGACCUCGCUGAAACGGCAACCUCAGAACAGCAGCAGUUGCUGAUACAGACGCUGCAAGAGAGAGUUUGUGAGUUCCAGGCACGCUUGCGCAACGAAGACGCAGCGAAACAACUCCUGCUACAGCGACUGCAGACACACGACCAUCAGCUCAACCACGACAACCACCAUUACGAGGAACAUUCAUCCUUUAACCAAGAACCUCAAGAGCAGCUCAGACUGAACGGCGUCCAGCUCAACCAAGCUGUGUCCCCUACAGGUGCGAGGAACUCUAGUGCUUUGACACAAAGGCCUCUGGAUUUUCCCAGCACUGUACAAGUGAGUAAAAUUCACUCACAGGAGCAACUGCAAAAAGACGAGGGAGAACAACUCGCUCUCAUUACAGGGCUGCGCACACAGGUCAAGGAGCUGGAGGAGAAACUAGUGGAUCAGACACAGGAGGUGGAGAGACUGCGCUCUGAGCUGGGGGCGACAGAUCUGGAGAAACAGCUCGAGGUGCUGGAGAGUGAAAACCAGCGUCUCAAACAGGAGCUGAGGGCCAGUCACACUCAGACCAGCUGCUCUACUGCCCACUGCCCGCACAGCCAGGAUGUGGAGGCCCUGCGUGGAGAGCUGUGUCGUAAGGGCGAGGAGUGUCGCGAGCGAGAGCGGCGACUGGCUGCGCUGGAGCAGCAGGUGCAGGAGAGGACGGGUGUAGUAGUUCAGCUGCAGGAGCAGUUGGAGGAGGCCGCGCACCACAGACGGCAGCUCCAGAAGCAGCUGGAAGAGGCGUCAUGCCACAGGAGCCAGAGCGAGGAUCAGCUGACCUCUCGGCUUCGUGACGCUGAGGAAGCUCUGUCUCUCCAGGCUGCACAGCCGCUGCAGGUCAAGUAUGUGACCAAGACGGUUGAAGUGGAGUCGGCUCAGUGUAAGCAGGCUUUAAUGGAGGCUCAGGCCCGUAACCAGACGCUGCAGGAGCAGCUGUGUGUGCAGAGACAGCUCCUCAGAGAGCUCGAACAGCAGCUCCACGAGUCCCAGAGAACCAGCGGGCAGCUCCGCCAGCAGCUGAGGAUGGACCGCGGCCGUCUAUAUGGUCUGCUCUCCAAGGCGGUGGGUGGGGGUAACACAGAGGUCACCCACAGGCUCUCCAAGAUCCUGGUGUAUGAGGGUGAGAUGGAGAGAGCUCAGGGCCAGCUGGAGGCAGAGAUGCAGACUCUGGAGGAGGAGAAGAACAGAGUGAUCGAAGAUGCUUUCAUCAGAGCGGAGAGUGAGAUGAAGGCCGUCCAUGAGAACCUAGCAGGUGUGCGGAUGAACCUCCUGACCCUGCAGCCGGCCCUGAGAACCCUCACCUGUGAUUACAACUGUCUGAAGAGACAGGUGCAGGACUUCCCUUACAUGCUGGAGAAAGCCAUCACUGAGGCCAAGCAGGAGAUCUGUCAGGUGAUUGGAGAGGUGAGCAGUGCAAACCAAGAACUGCUGCGGAAAUAUAAGCGGGAGAUGAACCUGAGGAAGAAAUGCCACAAUGAACUGGUGCGCCUCAAAGGAAACAUUCGUGUGUUGUGUCGCGUACGCCCCGUGUGUGCUGGAGAAACAGAUGCUGCUGACACCAAAAACCUAGUGACCUUUGACCCUGAUGAUGAUGCAGUUCUCUACUUAUCCAAUAAGGGGAAGCUCAUGACCUUUGAAAUUGACAAAGUCUUUCCCACUCAGGCCACUCAGGAGGAGGUGUUCCAGGAAGUCCAGUCUUUGGUCACUUCCUGUAUUGAUGGCUUUAACAUAUGCAUCUUUGCUUACGGGCAAACCGGCUCUGGAAAGACCUACACUAUGGAGGGGGUCCCUGAGGACCCUGGCAUUAACCAGCGUGCUCUGCGGCUGCUCUUCUCUGAAGUGUCUGAGAAAAAGCCUGACUGGGACUAUAAGAUCACUGUCAGCAUGGUGGAAAUCUACAAUGAGACGCUUCGAAACCUGUUGGGUGACAAUCCCAAUGAGAAGCUGGAUAUAAAGAUGUGUCCAGAUGGCAGUGGACAGCUGUAUGUGCCAGGACUCACAGAGUUCACAGUGGAGAGCGUGGAGGACAUUAACAAGGUGUUCGACCUGGGUCACAUGAACAGGGCAACAGCAUGCACUAAUCUAAACGAACACAGCUCUCGCUCUCAUGCCCUCCUUAUCGUCACAGUGGCGGGUUUCAACUCUUCAACGGGCCACCGCACCUCAGGUAAGCUAAAUCUGGUGGAUCUGGCCGGUUCAGAACGGAUUGCCAAAUCCGGCGCCGAGGGCAGUCGUCUGCGUGAGGCUCAGUGUAUCAACAAAUCACUGUCGGCGCUGGGUGAUGUCAUCAACGCCCUGCGCUCCAAACACUCGCACGUGCCCUUCAGGAACUCCCGCCUCACGUACCUUCUGCAGGACUCGCUCAGCGGAGACAGCAAGACCCUCAUGAUGGUGCAGGUGUCUCCUCUAGAGAGUAACGUCAGCGAGUCGGUGUGCUCUCUGAAGUUUGCUCAGCGUGUUCGGACCGUUGAGAUCGGCCCCUCGUCUUCCUCACGCCGCCAAGCAGAGAACUCCUCGACAUCCUCCUCACCAACUCAUGACAGCGUGGAGCUGGACUCUCCUCCCGUGACCCCUGUGCCCCUCCCCAUCUCAAGGGCCAGCAGCGCAGGUUCAACCCUCUCCUCCACUUCUAAAACCCCCAGCACCCGACGCAGGUCCCACAGUCAGCUGUCCGCAGAUAGUCAGGUAGACAGAAGCAGCCCAUUGGUUGGGGACGGUGGGCAGGACGAAUGAAGAUGACAGCGUGAGGAACCGCUGAGAGCUGCCGUCCAUCCGCCAAACCUCUCGACCAAUCAGCUCCUUUCAUUGAAUGAACCAAUGAAAGACCUGCUUUUCCUUGCUUGCUGGCAGGGGAGGAGCUUAACCGGCGAAUCAGGGUUCAUGUUGGGAACUGUGACUUCUGAUUGGAACGUCUGAUGUAAUUUUAAGAUGACGAUACAUGAUUGAAGAUGACGACCUCUCCCGCUGACCUCUCCACAACGCCUGCUGCCUCAAGACGAGAAGACCCUUCCGUUGUGGCAAAGUGUUUCUGGGCAAUAAUGCACUUUAUUCUAGUCUAGGCUGUCAUUUGUAAUGUUACGUAAAUGCGAUUGAUUUCUAGAAGCUUGAAUGUACGUGUAUGUAUAUAUUCAUUUGUCUAAGCAAGAUUUACAUUUUUAUUCCUUGAUCUUGAAGAGAUCUUGCUGCUUUUUUUUUUUUUUUUUUGAUCUUUUUUCCCCCCUGCAAGAACAAGUCAAACUUUCACACCUGAUAAGCUUUGAACAAUUCUGUGUUUAAUAGUGGCAAUAAGAAAUCAUGCAAAUGCAAAGUUUGGUCUCUUAGUAGCAUUUUGUCUUUUUGUAUAUAGAAACUUGAAGGCCAUUCAAAGCCCAGACUGUCUUCCUGAUCUAUGCAUGUGUUCAGAGUGGGCGCUCAUUCAUUUUAGGACAAUCAUUAACAGUUUUUGUGCAGUGAAGUCAAACCGUGGCGCUAUACAGUGUUUGCUGAACAGGACGAGGAUUAGAUAUGUACAUAGACAUGACUCCACACUGAGCGAACAGAAUGUCCUCAGUGGACGAACAUUUCUCUUCAACUUUUUCUGGGGUCUUGCUUGCUUGUAUUCACAUUGGUGUAUGUUUGUAUGCAGUUUUGUUUUUGUACACUGUUUUUAAUAAAUGCUCCAAACCAUCUUUUGGGAGAAAUUA